GUUCUCAUUAUAGUACCUGUGUGAUGUUUGAUUUUCGAUCGUAUUACUUCUUCAGUUCAUAAUUGUUUUUGUUGCGCUGUUGCUUUUACCCAAGUUGUCGGUUACCGUAUUAUUAUAAAUAUAAUAAUAUAUAGUACUCAGUUUUUCCUGAACAUAUAUUAUUUUCUUUUACCCAAGUAUUUAUAAUAUUUUUUUAAAAUGGCACAGACGUUAUUGAAAAGGUAAAGUGUAAAAAUUAAAUAAGUGCUUUAUAAUAUUCAUUUACCUAUGAUAUCAUUGGUUUAUUGAAAAUUCUAAUCAUGUUUUAUGUAUAAAUUAUGUUAGAAAAUUAAUCGGUGAAUAAAAUACCCAAGUACUUUUUAACCAAAUUAUUCCUUUUUUAUAAAUAAUUUAAUAAAUAAAAGCACAAUACAUUUUUAUUGUUUUUAUUGAACUACUUUUCAUCAAUAACAUUAAUUCAAUCAAAUCAAUUCAUUGUAGAGAAUAAAAAACCUGUGUACUAUAAGAUAAAAAUAUAAAAUUUUAGACAUUUACAGUGAACAUUUAUGACCUUGACAUUAAAAAUUCAUAUAACAAAUAACAAUAUUAGUUUACACUUUUUGAAAUAAAUCACUGAUUGGUUUUUAUUCAAAAUUACUCUUGUGAAUAAAUUUACAUUUUCUUGUAUUUUAAUAAAUUAGUUUUGUUCAUUGACCAGCGUGAAUUAUUUGUGAAAACUUGAUCAUAAAUGCUAUAUUUCUUAUUGAUCAGGGUACCUAUUAAAUAGGUACAUAGAUUAUAUUUAUAAAGAAAAAAACUAUAUACUUAUUUUAAAGUUAAUCGUUCUAUAAUAAGUAAUACCUUAAUGACAACCAAUAUUUUAUCAUAUUAAAUAACUGUUAUUUAUUCAAUUUAUCUGAAUAAGUUUGAUGGAAUUAAAUUACAAAUACAUAAUAUACCGAUUACUACCUAAUUAAUAUGUAGCUAUGUAGAUUAAAAAUAAAUUAAUUGACUUAAUAGUUCAGUUUUUAUUUUCACCUUUAUUAGAGUAUAACCAGAUUUAUCUAUUACGAGGUUUUUUUUUUACAUUUUCAUGAGGGAUUUGGUAUUUUUCUAAAUUUUCUAAGAAACACUACAUAAAAAAACUUAAGAGGCUCUUAAAUUAUAGACAGGUCCUCUUUGUUACUGAAUUCACCUAAUGUACUACCUACUUCAAAUAUUAAUACUGUAUAAUUACUUAUAUGUGAAUUAGUAAAAUUGAACAUUUCAUAUGAUCAUUUUUCAGAGUAUCAGUUAAUCACUUCAAUAUGUUGCAAAUCAGAACAAAAGCCACAUUGCCCCAGCUCACAUUCGAGUACAAGGCAUUGGAACCAACAAUAUCAAGGGAUAUUAUGGAAAUCCACCAUACAAAACACCAUAAUACUUACGUUGUAAACUACAAUAACACAUUGGAAAAAUUACAGACUGCUGUUGCUAAAGGUUGUGUGAAUUAAAACAUUUCUAUUAAUUUAUAAUAUUCAUUGAUUUUUAAGUAUCUAUAUUAUGUGUAUAGAUGAUACAGCGACAAUCAUUAGCUUGGCACCAGCACUUAGGUUUAAUGGUGGUGGCCACAUUAACCAUUCAAUUUUUUGGGAAACACUCACACCUUCUUCGACCAAACGCUCUGGUAAAUUUUUAACUAUUAUUAUUAUUAUUAUUGUUAUUAUAUUUUUUUAUUCAAGGAAAAUUAGAUUAAUAUAGUAUUAUAUUAUUAAUUUAAGUAACUUAAGUAAAUAUAUUAAUAAAAUUAAACUACACAUUGAGUGAUGAAUUACAAAAUUUAAUUAUUAAAUUUAUUUAAAUGCGCAUUUGAUAAAAAAAAAAAUAUAUAAUAAUAUUAAAAUCACACAGGGUUUCUCAGUGAGGCUUAACAUUCUUCAUAGAAAUAAAAUAAAAUAAAUAAAUAUUCAUGAAUAACUCGAAUAUUACCAAAUCUCCUAUUCUUCUUCUUUAGUAUUAGUAUUGAUUUAUUUAUUGUCUUUAGGUGAUUUUGAAAAAGCUUUAGUUGAGAACUUUGGUUCAUUUGAAGAGUUCAAAAAACAACUAUCGUCGGCAUCUGUAGCAGUUCAAGGUUCUGGAUGGGGUUGGCUUGGGUUCAAUCCACAAAACAAGAAAUUAACUAUCACAAGUUGUGCAAAUCAAGAUCCACUGUAUUCCACCACUGGUUAGAUAAUAAUUUUCCUAAUUUCUUCAUUGUCAUUAUAUUUGUAUAUUUAUUGAAUCAUUUUUUGUGUAUAGGACUAAUUCCUCUAUUUGGCAUUGAUGUAUGGGAACAUGCCUAUUAUUUACAAUACAAGAAUGUUCGUGCAGAUUAUGUCAAUGCCAUUUUUGAUGUCAUAAACUGGGAUGCUGUAUCAAAACGUUUUGCUGAUGCUUCUGCUUGAAUAUCCUCUUUUAUAAAUAUUUAUUUAAAAUAAUUAGAUUUAUUGAGUUAUUGAGUAUAAAAGUGAAAACAACUAAAAUAGUUGAUAGUAUAUAUAUAAUUUAUUUUUCAAGCAUUAAUAUAUUAGUUUAAAUAAGGUAACACUUGUGGAGUAUCUACUUUAUUUUUAAUUUUAAAUAAAACAAAUUUAUAAUUACCUAAGUAUUAAAUAAGAGUACUGUUCGAUUUACACUGUUAAAGUUAAACAUUAAAAUUCAAAGAACAUUAAAAUGUAUUUUUAUUUUAUUUUAAUUUAAAGUUUAUUAAAAAAAACUUGCCAAGAUUUGUUUAGUAAGGAAUACAUUUUUAAAUUCUAAGUUCAGCGAGGAACGUAUUGGUUUUAAUAUGGUGUGUGCCUUUUUUCCCUGAUAGUACACAAUUUUUUACUAGACAUUUUUAGGUGGGCUGCAGUUCCCUCAGUCCUCUCCUGGAUAUGCCAUUGGUAAGUAUCUUUAAGUACUUAAUCAUAUUUGUGAUAUUUCUUCUUACCACAUAGAACCCUAAUGGCUAAACAGAUUUGAUUGGGAUUAGGUGCAAUUGGAUACGUCUUAAUGUAGAAAAGCUUUUUGAAUGCGUACUAGGCCAAUUGACGUCUUAAUAAGAAUAAUUGGUGAAGUGGGGAACUGAAAAUAUCAAAAAAAACAUUUAUUCAGGGGCUGGUUUUUCCUACAUAAUUAUUGCUUACAGUCCUCAAAAAAAGCUGAUAUUUAUAAAUAAAAAAAUGUCUAUAAAUGAUGAUUCACUCAACUGAAAACACUCAUUAUCUUAGAACAUGAGAACUUUUUUUGAAAAUUUAAGAAACAAGCAGCUCUACAGUUUUACAUUUAUGUUAUUUUGAGGGGUAAAACUACUGCCACU